AUGAGGGCAGUGCUCUUCAACAAAGAGAUCAUCUACAGCGUCUCGACGAUCGUCCAAUGGGCCAGGCAACUAUUCAGAGCCCUAGAUUUCUUGCAACAACACGAAAUGGUACACCAAGACAUCAAACCGGACAAUCUCCUCCUGACCCGUCAUUUCGUGCUGAAAGUUAGUGACUUUGGGAUAAUGCGUCGACCUGGCGAUCGUGAGGUGCAAAUGGCCGGUACUCCAGGGUAUAUUGCCCCUGAACUAUCGAAAGCUGCAAUCAGCACGAUUCCGGAAGAGCACCAAUACAAAUGCGACGUGUACAGCGCCGGAAUUGUCUGUUGGGAGUUGACGAGGCGAAAAAUUACUUCCGACAAAAACUACGGCAACCGAUCGAUAAUCGCGCUCGGGACGCCGGAGGCUGAGAUCGAAGAAAGGAUCUUGUGCGCCCUCAACCCCGACUUUGAGCACCGACCGUCAGCCAGGGCCCUUCUAAAGGAAUGGGAAAACCUGGAGUUCGACUACGAAUGGCUGCCCGAACAUCGCCGCGGCCAUUCAACGCUUCUCCGGCCGAUCGGCCUCGACGGCAAUAUCGUCCCUAUGACUGCGGCCUCAGAAUUUGGCCUAGCCCCUCCCGCCGCUUCGUCCAAUUUCUCAUGGUCCUAUGGAUCGUUUGGGUCUGGAUUUGAGAGGAUCGAUAUGGAAAGUGGAGCGUAUGGGAAAUUGAUGAAUGCUUGGAUGAGGGAGUUGAUCAGGCAAUCCGAGAAGAUGGGCCAUCGACUUCACCCCGUUUACUUGACCGCUAGACAGGGCAAACAACUAUGGCUGUACGUGUCUCAACCAUUUGAGGGUCGCGAUGCAAUUUGUGAUGAUCGCUUCAAUCGGGUCUACGGUCUCGACAAAGAUGAUUUUUAUCUCGUGACUUUGAGAGAACGGAUUGACAAGAGGAUGAAGCCGGCGAUUGUUAAGGUGGAAUUCCGAGCCCUUGCUCAGAUCCUUCGCCCGAUGGCUGAACGUCUUCGUUUCCUCGUAAAAGGAGAACGCACCGACCGCUACAACGAGUUCGUGCUCGGCAUGACGGAACGAUUCUGGCAGCAGAGGAGGCCGAUCGUUUUUGAGCGCAUUAUU